GGUUUAAAUUUCUAGUUGUCUAUAUGGGUCUUAGUCUUUGUAGUUUGUGUUAAAGUUUUCAGCGGAGCCAUCUCUUUCCUCAAUCCUGAUUAACAACUAGGCUGAACGGCCGGUAAGAGUUUGGGGCGUAGUUAUUUUAUUCAAAUGCUUACCAUGGAUUUAAAAAGUCAUAGCAUAAAGAAAGUUUAUUUGCUUUAAAAGCUUUUGAAGUUGGACGAUAAGGGACCAUUCCAGACUGUUUCUAUUACGAAGAUACCUCAGGAUGUUAAUAUAAAACUUUAGUUUCUGUGAACUGGCCGAUUGAUUGUAGUAAAUUCGGGAAUAACAGUAAAGAAGAUUGAGAGAAAAUUCAGUGCUAGGUUAUGUUCCAAAUUAUUAUUGGAAAAUGUUAAUAAGAUUUAGUAAUGUUACCAAGACUUUAUAAACAAGAUGUAGCAGAUAUUAGAAAGCAUCAAAUUAAUACUCUAAAAAUAUUCAAUGCCAACGUCACAGAAAUAGAAGUCGAUUCAGAAUAUGAGAUCUCCUUCCAAGCUGGUAUUGAAAAUUUGGUACUGAAAAUUUCGUUGGGAUCAGACUUUCCAAAUGAAAAGCCCUUGUUAAUGAUUAAACCGGCAGUCAUACAUGCAUGGGUUAACCCAAACGGGGUGAUAACCUCUGCUCCGGGGUUGCUAAAUUUUACCAUUCAUUCUGAUUUGGGACGAGUUGUGCAAGCUAUUAUCCGAGAAUUUCAAAGGAACCCUCCACCUUUGGUAAAUCCUGCUACAGCAAGCAUUACACUUUAUCCCUCACCUUCUUUGUCUGAAUCCAGUUACAGUUCAAGUACUCAACAAAAAAAUGGUCAACACCCAGCUCUACCUUUCAGUAUUUUCCCGGAAUUAAAUGACUUUGAAAUCAAGGAAUUGAAAUUUCUUAAUGAGAAUGAAGAUUACCAGGUAGAAUUAAUUAACAAACUACCAAUUAUCAAAGAGCAAAAUCAUGAAAUAAAUAAUCUUAUUCAACACAUAGAAGAUAUGGCCGAAAGCAAUUUAAAAAAGGAAGAAAUAUUAACACAAUCUAAAGAAAAAAUCAAUUUCCAAAUUGAGGAAGUCACAAAACUUGCGUUUGAAAACGAGAGGCUCUUUUCUCUAUUUCAAAAUCUUUCAGAAAAGUAUUUACCAAGAAAUAUACAAGAGGAACUAAAGAAGGCCGCUGAAAAGGCCGAAGAAGAGAGUGAAAUUAUAGCAGAGGCUUUUUUACAAGGUGAAAUAGAUGUUGACAAAUUUGUUUCACAAUUCAUAAGAACCAAAGCUUCAAGUCAGCUGCGGAAAUCCAAAGAAGAAAAGUUGACUAGACAGCUAGACAAACUGGAGAGGGCUGGAUUUUAACUAUAUUGCAAGUUUUGAGCUUGCUCUGUAUUUUAUUAUCAAAUCAAGCAUUUUCUGAAUUCAUUGUAAAAUAUGUCAUUUUUAUGUUAAAUAACAUACAUUAUAUUUUAUAAGUCAUGUUUUUUAGCAUAUUUUGAACAUGUAAUAAGAAACUCUUUGUUUCUAUGAUAUCCAGUUUGAAGAAAAAUCUAAAAUAAAAAAUCCUAACCCAUGAAAUGGAUUUUUACCUUUAAUG